AAUGGUGAUUUCCUAAUUUUACGAGGGUAAUAAGGUAAUAAUGUAAUAAAAAAUUUAUUUAUUUAAUUGUUAUUCCUACGAAAAACCCAACAACCUCACCUUCCCGACGUUUUCUUCUCCUCCAAGCGGCGGAGCACUCAUCAGUCACGCCGUCCACCUUCUUCCUCUUCUUCUUCGCUGAUCACAGCCGUCCAUCACUGCUACAUCACGGUCGUUUUCCUCUCUCUUUGUCACGAGCUUGGGUCCGGUUCCCUCUCUGUCACGAGUGUCCUUGAUUGCUUUCGAAGGAGGAAAAUGGUUUAUUGGGUUGGUUUUGGUUUUUUUAAUUUGACAGAGAAAGAAAUGCCUCUGUAUGAUUGUAUGCUUCUCUUUAAGCCCCAUGUGCAAAAGGAGCUUUCGAUGGACUUGAUAAGACGAAUAGGAAAACAUGUUUGUAGCAGAAAUGGGGUUCUCACUGAGAUGAAAUCGUUUGGGACUGUUCAGCUGGGGUAUGGCAUUAGGAAGCUUGAUGGAAGAUACUAUCAGGGUCAGCUCAUGCAGAUGACAAUGAUGGCGACACCCAAUAUUAACAAGGAGUUGCACUACUUGAACAAGGAAGACAGGCUGUUGCGCUGGCUUUUAGUUAAGCAUCGUGACACCAAAGAUGGGCUGGAGUUCCUUAGUGAAGAGGAUGGGAACUUGGAGCUCAGCAAACUCCCUCGAGGCAAUAUAUUUGAUGACCUUGACAAGGAUGAGGAUGAUGAUGAGGAUGAGGAUGAUGAGGAUGAGGAUGAUGAGGAUGAUGAUGAUGAGAACCAAGAGAAUAGUGGAGAACACUGAUGGGUAAAAGAAUUUGAUUGUCUGAGGAUAAGGCAGAACAUUGAUAGACAAUAGAAGUUCAUAGUUUAUGUUCUUUGUCAUUGUAGUUUGCUGUGACUUAUGUUCUGCUUGGGUCUUAAGCGGCCAGAAGAGUUACAUUUCACUAACUUAGCCUGUCCUUGUAUUUUCUGCAUUUUCUUAGUAGCCUUCAAAGUAUUUUGUAUUUUUGAUCAGCAGGCACAUUUCUUGAAAAAUAAAAAUUCAGCCUAUUACAUCUGUGAUGCUUAA